UGACGUGUGUGUGGCGUUUGGUCUGGGCUCUGUCCCAGACUGCAUCACGCUCGGAGUCGGCAGCAGCAAAAGCCAGUGCUCACACCGCAUCGAGCUCACCGGAUGCUUUUUUUUCGCCUACGGCAGGACGCUCCAACAGCCGCGUUGGAUUAACCCCCCAUCAUCGUCGCCCGCGUGCACGUUGCUCCCCACGGAGGGGGACGCUGUCAGCAUGAGAGGAAGGUGGGGGGCUGGGUAGCGAGUAGGGGGUGAGAAAACCCGUGCAGAAAUCGACGUAGCUGGCCAGCAUCUCCAUUCACUCCGCCCAAUGGCUUCGGACACUUGUUUAUAUCCAUGGGAUUUGUCCGCCUUUUGGAUUUACUCUGUCUCGUUCGGACGGUAAAAGACAUUUAAUCGGAGUACUAGGUCGUAAAUAUCCCACCAGGUCAGCCCAUCCAAGCGCCACAUGAGGGGACGCGCAUUGCGCCCCUGCGCCGCGGUGCUGCUGUGACUCGGUGGCCGGUUGGGAACACAGGGACCGCAGGGCCGAUGCUGCGCGGCCAGGCUAUGCUGAAGAGCCGCUGCUGCGUCCUGCUUAGUGACCUGAGGCUGCUCCUGCUCGGGCCGCCGGCGCCUCCGCCGCAGCCUCCGCUCAGCCCCAUGAACGGACAAGCCACGCAGAGCCGCGAGCCGGGCGUCGCCGAGCGAGGCACCCCGCCCGCGGCGGCAGCGUCAGCAGCAGCCGGGGCUGAGCGAGGACCGGCGGUGCCGGGCUGGGUGGACGCCACGGAGCUGUCGGCGGCGCUGCGAGGAUGCGGCAGCUCCUCUGAUGACUGCUCGAAGGGCAAACUGGAGGAGAGGUUCUCCCUCACCAGCUACACGGAAAGCGGCUUCAGGACGCCCUUGUGCAGGAUCUGUUUCCAGGGACCUGAGCACGGGGAGCUCCUGAGCCCGUGUCGCUGCAGCGGCUCGGUCCGCUGCACCCACCAACCCUGCCUCAUCAAAUGGAUCAGCGAGCGAGGUUCCUGGGCCUGUGAGCUCUGCUAUUACAAAUACCAGGUUAUCGCCAUAAGCACAAAGAACCCGCUGCAGUGGCAGGCCAUCUCACUCACAGUGAUCGAGAAAGUGCAGAUCGCAGCGGCCAUCCUGGGCUCUCUCUUCCUGAUGGCCAGCAUCUCCUGGCUGGUGUGGUCGUCGUUCAGCCCGUCGGCACGUUGGCAGCGCCAAGACCUGCUCUUCCAGAUCUGCUACGGCAUGUACGGCUUCAUGGACGUCGUCUGCAUAGCGCUAAUUGUCCACGAGGGGCCUUCUGUGUUCCGCAUCUUCCACCGCUGGCAGGCUGUCAACCAGCAGUGGAAGGUCCUUAACUAUGACAAGUCUAUGGACAACAUUGAUCUGAAGGACGUCACAGUGGACAGGACUCAUCAGCCCAGCCAGGCUUACCAGACUGGGCUCGGGGUGUCCACCUCCACAUCCUCACUGAUGGUUGUCGCCUCCGCGGCCGGCAGCGGCACUUCCACCACCGUGGUGACGGCGGCCGCCGCCGGAGGAGGACCGGGGACGCACGGGAACUCAGAUGGCGGAGAAGUGGCUGACCCGCAUUGCCCCUAUAAUCUCCUGCACCUGCUCAGCCACCUGAGGUCGUCGGAGCCCCGCAGCCAAGGCAGCGGUAACGCGCGAGAGCUGGUCAUGAGAGUCACUACAGUCUGAGGAGUCAGACGAGGCCUUAUCUCUCACGUGGAGGAUUUUGUGUAAUGCCGGCGAAGCAGCUGAACUGCACUAGACUGAGACCGUCUUGUUUGCAUCAUCACUGUCCUUUCAUGCAUUGAAUAAAUUACGAAUUGGUUAAUUUGCA